AUGGGGGCGCCCAAGGGGGCCUGUUCGACUUUGGCUCCGGUACACCCAAGAAGCAGCUCGCAGCUGCUCGAGACCGCUCCCUUCCGGCUCGAAGCGGACCACACCUCAGACACGCCCGGAGCGCCCGUCAAAGUGACGAUCAGCGGGGACCGUGGGUUUAAAGGCUUCAUGCUGCAAGGCGUAAGCACCGAGGGUGCCGUGGUGGGAGCUUUUCAGCCUGUCAUGAUCAACACUUUGAGCUGUUCCUCCGAGGCAGACACCGCCACGCAUUCCAACCCACUUGUCAAGGACAGCUUCACGGUCACGUGGGUGCCGCCAGCCAAUCUGCGCGAGCGUGUGAUUUUCCGUGCCACCAUAGUGGAGGAGUUUUUUACCUUCUGGGUCGGCGUCAGCAUCGUAGUAAGUCUUAGGCCUGUUGUGCGACUUCGAGGAGGACACUCCCAUGAAGGCAGAGUUGAGGUGUUCCAUAACGGAGAAUGGGGCACGAUCUGUGACGACCACUGGGACAUUCAUGCCGCCAACGUGGUCUGUCGUGAGUUGGGAUUUCGCGGCGCAGUACAAGCCCUCACAGUCACAGAUGCAUCUUUCGAGCCGGGGACGGGGAGGAUCUGGAUGGACGAUGUCAACUGCAAUGGUCAUGAGUCAUACAUCGAUGAAUGUGAACACAGAGGAUGGGGGUCACAUAACUGCAGGCAUAACCAAGAUGCGGGAGUUAUUUGUGACGCGUUUUCGUACGCAUCAAACGACGACAAAAGACAGGACCGCGACAGUUCAGAGGAGGUGGGACUCGACGGGCGGAAGCUAAAGAAAACCAGGGCAGGGCUGGGGAAAGUGAAGACGGCGAUGCACAGGACAAAGCUCAGCGGAAACUGGCCUCCAGCGCAAGAAAGGCAAGAACAGUGA